UUGUGCUGCAGAGGGUACUAAAAAUAAUUCCGCUUCGGGGCUGCCCAAAACCUAGUGUUAACUGAAGCUGAAAUGUGGAAUUGUGUGCGGCAGCGUACGCGGGACUCCGGUGAGAGGUUUCUGUCUGAUCCGGGAACGUCAUUCGUGCGGCUUCAAAGGCACGCCUUAAGGAUGUCAUCUUCGAUGUGGUUUCAUUUGAAUUCGUUGCUGUUUUUAGGCGUGCAGAGCUGGGAUGUGCUGCGCAGGAGCAUCUCCAAAAGAGGCUGGUUUAGAACUGGGGAAGCAGUGUUGCUGCUGGGUCUGACUGCUGGUGAUGUGGUUCGAGGUUGUGUGUGGUGAUAAAGGGUGACGCACGCCCUGACCUCAGUGAACAGUAUUUCAAGAAUCUUUCAAAACAGAAACAAAAAGAAGACAUGGAGAAGAAUGGAAACAACCACAAACUUCGUGUUUGUGUUGCUACCUGCAACCGUGCUGAUUAUUCAAAAUUAGCUCCUAUUAUGUUUGGUAUUAAGGCAGAACCACAGUUCUUUGAGCUUGAUGUCGUAGUGCUUGGUUCCCACUUGAUUGAUGAUUAUGGUAACACUUAUCGCAUGAUUGAACAAGAUGACUUCGAUAUUCAUACAAGAUUGCACACUAUUGUGAGAGGGGAGGAUGAGGCAGCCAUGGUGGAAUCAGUAGGCCUCGCAUUAGUGAAGUUACCAGAUGUCCUGAACCGCCUGAAACCUGACAUAAUGAUAGUUCAUGGUGACAGAUUUGAUGCUUUGGCACUAGCCACAUCUGCAGCCCUGAUGAAUAUUCGCAUUCUUCACAUUGAAGGUGGGGAAGUCAGUGGGACCAUUGACGACUCUAUUAGACAUGCUAUCACCAAACUUGCCCAUUACCACGUGUGCUGCACAAGGAGUGCAGAGCAGCAUUUGAUAGCCAUGUGUGAAGACCACGAUCGCAUCCUUUUAGCAGGCUGUCCUUCAUAUGACAAGCUUCUCUCUGCCAAAAAUAAGGACUACAUGAGUGUUAUACGUGUAUGGCUAGGUGAAGAUGUUAAACCCAGAGAUUAUAUAGUUGCUCUGCAACAUCCUGUAACCACAGAUAUUAAACAUUCCAUAAAGAUGUUUGAACUGACACUAGAUGCGCUCAUUUCCUUUAACAAGAGAACGCUUGUUCUAUUCCCCAAUGUAGACGCAGGAAGCAAAGAGAUGGUUCGGGUGAUGAGAAAAAAGGGCAUUGAACAUCAUCCCAAUUUUCGGGCAGUGAAGCAUGUCCCAUUUGACCAGUUCAUUCAGCUAGUUGCCCAUGCUGGUUGUAUGAUUGGUAACAGCAGUUGUGGUGUCAGAGAAGUGGGAGCAUUUGGCACACCUGUUAUCAACUUGGGGACACGCCAGACAGGAAGAGAAACAGGUGAAAAUGUUCUUCAUGUUCGUGAUGCUGACACACAGGAUAAAAUUCUGCAUGCGCUACAGCUCCAGUUUGGUAAGCAGUAUCCAUGGCUGCCUGAUCAGGAGGAGGAAAUUGAUGGGGCCUUCUAUAGACAGCUGAAAGUAGUCUCACAGUCCCAGGUGCUGAUUCUUCAAGCACCCUGAUAAUUGCAGGAAAUCAUCACUGCCAUGAACACGCAGUCCAGGAGGUUUCUGCAAUGAGAUGAAGAUAACUUUUUGUGGCAGAUCAUGGAGGAGCCAGUGAGGAGAGGUGUGCUGCUGGACCUUGUUCUCACAAAGAGGGAAGGGUUUGUUUAUAUGAUGGUUGGGAGCAGCCUGAGAUGCAGUGAUUGUGAGAUACUGAAGUUCAAAACCUUACGUGGAAGAAGAAAGGUACUAAAUAGGAUUAAAGGAUUACCACUCUGAACUUGAGGAGAGCCAGCUUUGACCACUUCAAGAACCUACUUGGAGGUAUCCCAGUAAUUAGAGCAUUUGGAGGCAAGGAGGUUGGAGAGAGUUGGUUAACAUUCAAGCAGCACUUCUUCCAAGCUCAAGUUCAGUGCAUCUGUAAGAGAAAGAAAUUCUGCAAAGGUGGCAGAGGACCUACAUGAAUGAACAGAAAGCUCAUGGAAGAACUCAAGUGGAAGAAGAAGGUCAGUGCAAUGUGGAAAAGAGGUCUCGCUAUGAGGGAGGAAUAUAUGAACGUAGGCAGGGAACACAGGGAUACAACAAGGAAGGCUAAGGCUCACCUGAAAUUAAAUCUGGCAAAGGAGGUUAAGGACUACAAGAAGGACUUCAUUUAAGUAUUUGAAUAGCAAAGGGAAGACCAGGGAAAAUGUGGGUUGCUGUUGACAGAAGUGAGUGCCCUGGUAACAGGGACACUGAGAAGGUGAAGUUACUGAAUGCCUCUCUUGCUUUAGUCUUUACUUCUAAGACUGCCCCUCAGGAAUCCCAGACACUGGAGAUGAGAGAAGGUCUGGGGAAUGGAAGACUUCACUUUGGUCAAUGAGGAUCUGGUCAGAGAUUGUCUUUGCAAACUUGAUACACACAAAUCCACAAGCCCUGAUGGGAUGCACUAAUAGGUGCUGAGGGAGCUGGCAGAAGUGAUUGCUGCACUACCCUCUGUCAUCUUUGAAAGGUCAUGGGGAAUGGGAAAGGUGCCUGAGGACUGGAAGAAAGCCAAUGUCACUCACGUCUUCAGAAGGGCAAGAAGGAGGACCCGUAAAACUACAGGCCCAUCAGCCUCACGUAUGUCCCUGGGAAGGUGGCAGAGCAGUUUAUUCUGGAAGGCAUCUCCGAGCAAGUGGAAGAAAGGGAGGUUAUCAAGCAUAGUCAGCAUGGAUUCACUAAGGGCAAAUCAUGCUUGAUCAAUCUGGUAUAGCCUUCUAUGCUGUCAUGACCAUCUGAGUAGAUGAGGGGAAGGCAGUGGAUGUUGUGUACCUUGACUUCAGCAGGGCUUUAGACUCUUUCUCCUACAACAUCCUUGUAAUGAGGUCAAGUCAAAUGUGGGAUAGAUGAGUGGAGGUCAAUGAGGUGUAUUGAGAACUCACUGACAGAAAGAGCUCAGAUAGCUCCAAUCAGUGGCAGAAUCCAGUUGGAGGCCUGUAACUAAUGAUGUUCCCCAGGGGUGGUUACUGGGCCCAAUCUUACUGAGCAUCAUCAGUGACCUGGAUGAAGGGAUGGAGUUCAUCCUCAGCAAGUUUGCUGGUGAUACAAAGCUGAGAGGAGUG